CCUGCCCGUCUCGGCCAGGCAGCCUUGGGAACCGCGAGCCACCCCUGCAGUCCCCAGAGCGGCCCCGCCAUGAAGCCCAACUUCUCCCUGAGACUGAGGGUUUUUAACCUCAACUGCUGGAACAUUCCCUACUGUAGCAAGGACCGGGUAGACCGUCUGAAGCGCUUGGGAGACUUUCUGAACGUCGAGAGCUUUGAUCUGGCUCUGCUGGAGGAGGUGUGGAGUGAGGAGGACUUCGAGACCCUGCGACAGAAGCUGUUGCCCACCUACCCAGCUGCACACUACUUCAGGAGUGGAAUAAUUGGCAGUGGCCUUUGCGUCUUCUCCAAACACCCAAUCCAGGAACUCGCUCAGCAUGUCUACACCCUCAAUGGCUACCCCUACAUGGUCCAUCAUGGCGACUGGUUCUGUGGGAAGGCUGUGGGGCUGCUGGUGCUUCAUCUCAGUGGGCUGGUGGUCAAUGCCUACGUGACUCAUCUCCAUGCAGAGUACAACCGACAGAGGGACAUCUACCUAGCACAUCGUGUGGCCCAAGCUUGGGAACUGGCCCAGUUCAUCCACCACACAUCCAAGAAGGCAGACAUGAUUCUGCUGUGUGGGGACCUCAACUUGCACCCAAAAGAUCUGGGCUGCCGCCUCCUGAAGGAGUGGACAGGGCUGCAGGAUGCCUACUUGGAGACCCAAGACUUCCAGGGCUGUGAGGAAGGCUGCACGAUGGUGCCGCAUAACUGUUACGUCAACCAGCAGGAGCUGCAGCCAUUCCCCUUUGGCAUCCGAAUCGACUACGUGCUGUACAAGGCAGUUUCUGGGGUCUGCGUCUCCUGCAAGACGCUCAAAACCACUACAGGCCAUGACCCUCUCGGUGGCACCCCCCUCUCUGAUCAUGAGGCUCUCAUGGCAACCCUGUGUGUGAGACACAGCCCCCCACAGGACAGCCCCAGCCUGGCCCGUGAAACAGCAGAGAUGCCGCCAUUGGUCACAGUGCUAAAGGAGGCCUGCAUGGAGCUGGGCUUGGGUCUGGCUCAAGCUCACUGGUGGUUGGCCUUCGCCAGCUGUGUGGUUGGCGGGGGACUUCUGUUCCUGGUGUUGCUGUGUGCACUGGUGGCUGGUGGGGACAGCGGACAAGUGGCCUUGCUGCUUCUGGGCCUCAGUGUGGGCAUGGUGCUGGGGGCAGGCGCCGUCUACCUCUUCCACAUGCAAGAAGCCAAAGGCUUGUGGAAGACCCAAGCUGAGCUCCAGCAUGUGCUGGGCAGGGCUUGGGAUGCCCAGGACAUGGGCUCUAGGCCUCGACCAGCCCAGCUCCUGAGGCAGCAGCUGGACAACAGAGCUGUAGAACAAUAAAGCUUGAUGGUAUUUCGUGCCUCUACCCUGGUUUUUGGAGGGGCAGUGACGGGCCAGGAGUCAGAGUGACUGCCCCAAUAUAGGCCACGAGGCUCCUACAUAUCAUCUGCCCUUCUCAAAAAAAUCCUCACUGCCAUGACCUGGUCAAAGAAAGCACAGCCGCCCCUGUGGGUUUCUGAGACUGACUCUUUUCGGGCCAAGAAAGCCUCUUCUUUCUCCUGCAGAGCGGCUGGUGAUGUUGAGCUGCUGCCCAAGCAGCCUAGUGGGUAAUGUAACCCACAAUGCGACUACAUCCCUUCUAGCCGCCAACAAGGCAACAGGAGCUUUUUAUGUGAGCAGGAGCAUUUUUAUUGUAAACAGUGAGGCCUCUCCCAGCAGCCUAGAUAGCAGGGUGCCGUCGCCUUGUGCUUGUGUGAGACCAGGCCCUGGCCCUGCGCACACAGCGGGAGGUGCACUGUGGGCCGGAGGCAGACAGCCCACCUAGCGCUGGGUGCUGGACCCCAGGGGCAGUUCGCUGAGCCUGCGCUGCUCCUGGAAGCGGAUGAGAUCAUCUCGCUGGUUCACCACGUCCACCAGCUUCUGCAGGAUCUGCUGCUCAGCCUGCCGCUCGGCCGCCGUUUUCAGGGUUUCUGAAGGAACAAGGGGAAGCUGAGAGAGACAACCCAAACCUGGCGUUGGCUUCUGUACCCUGGGCUGUGUCCCCGUCAGUAAAAUGCGGUCCGUUAACACA